UUGUUUGUAGCUCAAUGAACAAUCCACUACUAAAAUGAACCAUGUAUACGGGAAACAUAGCAGCAAGAAACAAGAUUGAAAAAUAGAAAUACAUUUGGGGAUUAUUUGUAUCACUAGUCCAGACUAGAGAGCCACAAGCACGUUGUUUAUCAGAAUGCCCCAUAGCCAAAUUCUAGCAAAAAGGCUUAAGAGAGUGUGUUACCUGAAGAAUAUAAAGGAAGUUCAAUCAGCCUUUAUCCGGAGCAGAAGGAUCAGUGAUAACUUAUUCCUGGCACAAGAGUAACUUACGGAUUAUAACGGAACUAGUGAAGUGUCCAAGUGUUACAUGAAUGUGGAUUUCAUAAAGGCUUGUGACUCAAUAAGAUGGGUUUUCGUGGGUUCCCUUUGCAGUUUAUCAAAUGGAUUUAGACGUGUGGUACAACGCUCAUGUCAUAAACUGGUAUACAUGAUAGGAUACAAGGGUGGCAUGCAUAGAGUGGGUAGAAGGGUAAUUUAGAAGGGAAACGGGUCUGAGACAUUGGAGAGCUUAUCUCCACCUUAUUUGUUUGAGAGUGAAUGCAUUCUAGCAAGUUAUCAAUAACCACUGUUCAAUACCACAGCAGAUGUCAAGAAAUAACGAUGGCACACCUGUGCUUUGCUGAUGACUUAAUGAUAUUUUGUAUAGUAUUAUAACCGUAAUGCAGUGAGAUUUCAAUUGAUUUAAAGUUGUAUUCAGGUAUACUUGAUAGUACUAUUUAGCAGAUCUUUUCUGCUCACACUAUUCUUUUAUCUUUUUCUGUCCUCUAUUUCUUGUGUGCGUGCGUGUGUUUCAGCCUUCAGGUAUACUUGAUAGUCUUAGCUGAUCUUUUCUGUUCUCACUAUAGUUCUUUCUUUUUCUGGUGUGUAUGUGUGUGUCUUUUUUUCUGGUGUGUUCACUUCUGAAACCCAUUACAUGAUGAAAACAAACUAUUUUUCACAGAAGAUUUUUCUUAUAACUCAUUCCCAAUGGACCAACUAAUCUGGGGAUCAAUACAGUUGUUCACUAGAUGGCAGCCCAGUUAAAGCUGGGAGCCUGGGACAAAAACCUUCAUAUGUGCUGUCCCAUUACAAGAACAGAUCGCGCAGGUGGGUGAGUCAAAUCCAGACCAACGGCUCCCUAAGGCCACGGUUAGCAAUGUGCCACAAAAACGAUCAACGUAAUUACCAAAUAACCUAGCACACAGGAUCUAACAUGAUCCCAGUUGUGUGAUAAGAUCACUUUUGAAAAUUAAUAGAAAAAGAGAGAAGGGGAGAAAUUGAUCACUUCAAGGGGAUCAAACCUCCAACUAGAUCACUUCAAGGGGAUCAAACCUCCAAAGCCUUUAGGCAAUUGUAAUAUUAUUUUUACAUAGUGGGAUGACAUAAUAUCCUAGACUCCGGCACUUAGACCUAAAAUCAUGCAUUGAUAGAAAAAAAAAAUGCAAAAUAAAUACGUCAACUAAAUAAUAAUCGUAUCAUUGAAGUACUUAGAGAAGUUGCCAUUUGACAUGAAACCAAUAUCAAAUCGGGUAACUAUGUAAUUCUUAAGCUAAGAUAAAAAAAACUGUAAUGUGUAAGUUGACUGUAAACCUUGAGAAGAAGUCUUCAUAAAGGAAACGAAGCUUGCUGCAAGAAAAUUUAGUAUAUGAUUUAUUAUUAUAUCCGGGGAGAGGUCCUCCCUCUGACAAAUGAAAAGUUGUCUUUUUAGGAUUUUUUGCGCUGCCUGGGACAAAAAUAUCACUGUCUUACACAACGAAGCAGACAUAGCAUUUGUAUUAGCAAUUGAGUUUCAUCAGAUUUCCUGCUCAACAGGUUCCGACAUCCAACUAUCCAAGCAACAUCAAAGAAAGCUAUCUUCAGUAAGAAAACAUUAAGAUAGCUAUGAUUAACAGUUCAAAUACAUAAUUAAACACUAGAAUAAGAUUUUUCUACGCCUGCAGAUUUCUUAAAUGGUUUCCAUGGUCUAAAACACCAAGCAAGCUGCUGUCACAAAUCCUUGAAUUUCUGCAUAAUAGUAGGUUGGAAAUAGUCGAACUUUGUUUGACUUUAUAAAUCCCUGCUAUGGAAAAGAUAAAGAUAAAGUAUUCAUAGUUUAAUAUAAAACAAGGAAAUCUGUAGUAUCUAAACUGCACACCAAUUAAAAAAGCUGGUAUAUUGACUAAGUACAGGACACCGUUGUAGAACUGUUGCUGGAAGAUUAGAGUCCACCUUUCUCAUCGCCCAAUUCUCAUCCUCUACACUCCAUCUUCCUUUGUCAUCAUAGUUUUACCAUUGCAAAUAGAAGGCGAUUACUGCUGUACUUCCAGCAACAUAAGUCCAUCAUCUAAUUUUAACGGGUGGCGGCGGGUCCAAAAGCUCCUAAAUAUGCCAUCUUUGGACCCAGUGAAUACAACUACAAAUGGUGUGUAUCAGUCCAAGGAAUCUUGCCAUUGCUUUUCACUUGCUGAGAUACACCUGGCGACCAACAACUUCGACGAUGCUUUGGUUGUUGGGAGAGGGGGAUUUGGUAAGGUGUAUAAAGGGUUCAUCAACGAUGCCGAUGGAACUACUGUUGUUGCCUUUAAGCGCUUGAAUGCUGAGUCCAAGCAAGGGGCAAAAGAGUUUUGGACAGAGAUCAAGACACUUUCGACCCUCCGGCACCCCCAUCUUGUUACUCUGAUUGGCUAUUCGGAUGAAUUCGGUGAGAUGAUACUUGUUUAUGAAUAUAUGAUCAAUGGGACGCUUGCUGAGCUUCUGUAUAAAACAAGUAGGAAGAGAUAUGGUCCUGAUUUUCAUCAUCUCAAUUGGGAGCAGAGGAUCAACAUUUGCAUUGGUGCUGCCCAUGGAUUGGACUACCUUCAUACUGAGAAACGUGUCAUACAUAGAGAUGUGAAGACCACAAAUAUUUUGUUGGAUGAAAACUGGAAAGCUAAGAUUUCAGAUUUUGGGUUGUCCAGAAUGGGCACCACAAACCAGCUGCAAACCCAUGUUAGCACAGAGGUUAGAGGCACAUUCGGUUAUUUGGAUCCGCAGUUCUUCUCAACAUGUAGGCUAACCUAGAAGUCUGACGUGUAUGCCUUUGGUGUGGUGCUGUUUGAAGUGUUAUGUGCGAGGCCACCUAUGGACUUUGGGGUUGAGGAGGAGCAAUGCAGUCUAGCCCUGUGGGCUCAACACUGCGUCAAGCAUGGAAUGCUUGACCAGAUCAUUGAUCCCUCUUUAAGAGGGAAAAUUCCGGCCCAUGGACUGAAGGUGCUUGCAGAAGUUGCUAACAAAUGUCUCCAUAAUCAUCCUAAAGGAAGACCUACUAUGGCUGAAGUUGUUGACAGCCUUGUGCUCAUGUUGGAUUCACAAGGCAAUUCACCUAAGCGAAAGGGUAUAAUCUCAAAGGUGUUACAGAGAAUUCCACGUGUAGUAGCUAAAGGUAUUUGUUUUGGAUGGA